UCCAAGUUUCCCGCUUCCAGAAGCUGUACAUCGCCCUUCAAGUACUUGUACAUUCGCCCACGAUUUCGGAUAACCAAAUAGACGAAAAUACCCACGCACUCGUUUCCGCGAAUUUGUGUUUUACUGUGUGCCGGGGGACACACUAUAUAAUCGCAGAGAAACACACCUUCACUACGUGUUCUGUGUGUGCGAAAGAGAGAGAUAGAGAGAGAGAGGCACAUACGGACAUUCUAGAGAGAGAGAGAAACAAGGGGAUACAUACAGAGGCGCCACCCCUAGCAAAAACCAAAAACCCUAGUCUAUCAACUCGGCGAAUGGAUUCGGUGUCGACUCAGGUCCAGCAAGCCCAACUGGCGGCGGUUAUGGGUCCCGACCCGGCGGCGUUCGAGAAUUUAAUAUCCAAUUUGAUGUCCUCCUCCAACGAACAGCGAUCCCAGGCCGAGUCAAUCUUCAAUUUGCUCAAACAGAACGAUCCAAACUCGCUCGCCCUCAAACUCGCCCACGUCCUUUCAUCGUCGGUGCACCUCGAGGCGCGGGCCAUGGCCACAAUCCUCCUCCGGAAGCAGCUGACUCAGGACGACUCGUUUAUAUGGCCCAAACUCAACGAAUCAACCCGUUUCACAAUCAAAAGUAUUCUGUUGUCCUCAAUCCAGAACGAGGAGUCGAAAUCUAUCAUCAAAAAGCUCUGCGACACCAUCUCGGAGCUUGCAUCUUCGCUGUUACCCGAAAAUCAGUGGCCUGAACUCUUGCCCUUCAUGUUUCAAUGUGUAACCUCCAAUUCCCCAAAAUUGCAGGAAUCAGCAUUCUUGAUGUUAUCCCAAUUAGCCCAAUUCAUAGGAGAGAUGUUGAUUCCUUAUAUUACAGAGUUACACAACGUGUUUUUGAAUGUGCUGACUAAUUCCCGCGACCCGGAUGUCAGGAUUGCAGCUUUGAGCGCCGUCAUUAAUUUUAUCCAGUGCUUGUCAAGCUCGAGCGACCGUGACAGGUUCCAGGAUUUGUUGCCGUCUAUGAUGAGUACGUUGACUGAAGCAUUGAACUCGGGGCAGGAAGCUACAGCACAGGAGGCUUUGGAGUUGUUGAUUGAGUUGGCCGGGACUGAGCCAAGGUUUCUGCGCAGGCAGAUUGUAGACAUUGUGGGCUCAAUGUUGCAGAUAGCCGAGGCCGAGACUUUGGAGGAAGGCACACGUCACCUGGCCAUUGAAUUUGUAAUCACUCUAGCAGAAGCACGAGAAAGAGCGCCUGGGAUGAUGCGGAAGUUGCCUCAGUUCAUUAGCAGGCUUUUUGCGAAUUUGAUGAAGAUGCUUUUGGAUGUGGAAGAUGAUCCAGAUUGGCAUAGUGCGGAGGAUAAGGAUGAGGAUGCAGGGGAGACAAGUAAUUAUAGUGUAGGGCAGGAAUGUUUAGAUAGGCUCUCUAUAGCGCUUGGUGGGAAUACAAUUGUUCCAGUGGCGUCUGAGCAGUUGCCUGCUUAUCUGUCUGCUCCAGAGUGGCAGAAGCCUCAUGCUACCCUUAUUGCUCUUGCGCAAAUUGCGGAGGGUUGUUCGAAGGUGAUGAUUAAGAAUUUGGAGCAAGUGUUGAACAUGGUUUUGAGUUCAUUUCAACAUCCUCAUCCACGUGUGAGAUGGGCAGCUAUUAAUGCAAUUGGUCAGCUGUCAACUGACUUGGGUCCAGAUUUGCAAGUGCAAUACCAUCAACAGGUCCUGCCGGCACUUGCUUCAGCUAUGGAUGAUUUCCAAAAUCCUCGAGUGCAGGCACAUGCAGCUUCAGCUGUGCUUAACUUUAGUGAAAACUGCACCCCAGAAAUUUUGACUCCUUAUUUGGAUGGGAUAGUGCACAAGUUGCUUCUACUUCUGCAGAACUCCAAGCAAAUGGUGCAGGAGGGUGCCUUGACUGCUUUAGCUUCAGUUGCCGAUUCGUCUCAGGAACACUUCCAGAAAUACUAUGAUGCAGUUAUGCCUUACUUGAAAGCUAUCUUAGUGAAUGCAACAGACAAGUCUAACCGUAUGCUUCGUGCUAAAGCUAUGGAGUGCAUCAGCUUGGUUGGGAUGGCUGUUGGAAAGGAUAAAUUUAAGGAAGAUGCUAAACAAGUUAUGGAAGUGCUUAUGUCACUACAAGGGGCGCAAAUGGAAACAGACGAUCCCACUACCAGUUACAUGCUACAGGCAUGGGCAAGACUCUGCAAGUGCUUAGGGCAGGAUUUCCUUCCUUACAUGAAUGUGGUUAUGCCUCCAUUGCUUCAGUCUGCUCAGCUUAAGCCUGAUGUGAUCAUUACAUCUGCUGAUUCGGACGACGAACUCGAUGAAUCUGAUGAUGAAAGCAUGGAGACCAUCACCCUUGGGGAUAAAAGAAUUGGGAUUAAGACUAGUGUUCUAGAAGAAAAGGCCACUGCUUGCAAUAUGCUUUGCUGCUAUGCUGAUGAGCUGAAAGAAGGUUUUUACCCGUGGAUUGAUCAGGUUGCCCAAACGCUGGUUCCUUUGUUGAAGUUUUAUUUCCAUGAAGAAGUCAGGAAGGCUGCUGUUUCAGCUAUGCCGGAUCUAUUGCGGUCUGCUAAACUGGCUGUGGAAAAAGGGAUUGCUCAGGGUCGUAAUGAGACAUAUAUUAAGCAGCUGUCUGACUACAUAUUUCCUGCUUUAGUAGAAGCUUUACAUAAGGAACCGGAUACAGAUAUAUGCGCAAAUAUGUUGGACGCAUUGAGUGAAUGUCUGCAGAUUUCUGGACCACUUCUAGAUGAGAGUCAGGUUAGAAGUGUUGUGGAUGAGAUAAAGCUGGUUAUCACAGCUAGCUCAGAUAGAAAAAAAGAGAGAGCUGAAAGAGCCAAAGCUGAAGAUUUUGAUGCUGAGGAGGGAGAAUUGCUUAAAGAGGAAAAUGAGCAAGAGGAAGAAGUAUUUGACCAAGUGGGUGAGUUGUUGGGAACUUUAAUCAAAACAUUUAAGGCUUCCUUUCUGCCGUUCUUUGAUGAACUGUCAUCAUACCUAAUGCCUAUGUGGGGAAAGGAUAGGACAGCUGAAGAGAGAAGAAUUGCAAUUUGCAUAUUUGAUGACGUAGCUGAGCAAUGCCAUGGAGCAGCUCUAAAGUACUAUGAUACAUAUCUUCCUUUCCUAUUGGAGGCAUGCAAUGAUGAAAAUCCAGAUGUCCGACAGGCUGCUGUGUAUGGACUAGGGGUGUGUGCAGAGUAUGGAGGUUCUGUAUUUAAACCACUUGUUGGAGAGUCUCUUUCCAGGCUCAAUUUUGUUAUAAGGCAUCCCAAUGCGUUGCAGCCAGACAACGUGAUGGCAUACGAUAAUGCCGUUUCAGCUCUGGGGAAGAUUUGUCAAUUUCAUCGUGACAGCAUUGAUUCAGCUCAGGUGGUUCCUGCCUGGUUGAGUUGCUUGCCAAUAAAGGGUGACAUCAUCGAAGCCAAAGUUGUUCAUGACCUGCUUUGCUCAAUGGUUGAGAGUUCUGAUAGGGAACUUUUGGGUCCGAACAAUCAGUAUCUCCCCAAAAUUGUUUCCGUAUUUGCUGAGGUUCUGUGCUCGGGCAAUGAUCUAGCCUCACAGCAAACAUUUAGCAGGAUGGUGAAUUUGUUGAGGCAGCUACAGCAGACACUACCUCCAUCCACUCUGGCCUCUACAUGGUCUUCCUUGCAGCCUCAGCAGCAGCUUGCGUUGCAAUCUAUCCUCUCAUCAUAGUUUGUGCCAAUCUUAUAUUUAUUUGUUCCUCAUUUCUUUCGGAUGAGGACUCUUUUCAGCAUUUCAGUUUGCAUAUGGUUUAUGCGUCAAUCAACCUGUCGUUGCGCGUUUGGUCUCGAGUGUGAAUGCAUUUUCACAAGUCAUUUUGUCGAUAGAGUUUGUAUAUUAAAAGAUCUUUCUUGCUUUCAAAACAUAAUUUUGCUCUU